UUGAAAAAAAACAAAUCUGAAAACCUUGGAGAUCAUUCAAAUCUUAUCCCAUAAUUUACUUUCAUCAUCAUCUGGGGAAGGCUUUCUAAGUUCUAACCUUCUGGAAUUCAAUCAUCCUUAUAAUCAGGCUUUUCCCCCUCCUUACAGUGGGACACACACUCAUAAUUGAGCUAGACAAUGACCCUUUAACUUCUAUGUAUGCUGUUGGUCCUCUCUGAUUUCAUCAAACUCUUGUUUCUCUGUAACAUCCUUUGAUACAGAAAAUGGCAAGUUCAUUUUUGAGCCCUGCAGUACUAGCUUUAUGCUUUCUCCUUCAUUUCUGGGCAAGCACAGCAAUUCUUCCCAGUAAAGCAAACACAGAGUACAUAAAAACUUCAUGUGAAACAACAAUAUAUCCCAAAUUAUGCUACCGCUCCCUCUCAAUCUAUGCAAACAAAAUCAAAACCAGCCCUGAAAAAUUAGCAACCACUGCCCUCAACGUAACCCUCAAAGCCACCAAAUCAACAUCCAGGAUGGUGAUCAAGAUGUCUAAAAUUCCAGGGCUGAUUCCUAAAGAGACAGCGGCAGCAAUGGCAGACUGCAGAGAGCUGAUAAAUGAUUCGGUGGAUGAGCUCAAACAGAGUAUAGAGGAAAUGGGUGAGAUUAAAAACUCAAAUUUUGAGGUGAUAAUGAGUGAUAUUCAAACAUGGGUAAGUGCAGCGUUAACGGAUGAGGAUACUUGCAUGGAUGGACUUAAAGGUAAGCCUUUGAAGACAUAUGCGGAGACCUUGCUUCGCAGACACGUUAUUAAAAUUUCUCAUUUGACGAGCAAUGCCUUGGCUCUGGUAAAUAAUUACGCCUCUGCAAUUGCAAACCCUGCAUCGCCAUAGUCAUUUGUCAACCAAGCUGUUUCUUUCUCGUAAGUGAAGUCUCAGCAUGAAUAGUAAGAUUUACUCUUAUUAUUUGCAGAUAAAUAUGCAUUUGUUUCUACCAUCUUUGUGUUAAAAUAGUAAAAGUAUGCUUAUGUGAUUGUAACUGUCUCUAUAAAAACUUGUUUUAUUUUGGGUUUGAUAUGAAUCGAAUUGAGCUUAAAUGUUUUUUGAUUUGAAUAAAAAAUAGUUCAGUUCGAAUCCAUCUAA